UUGGGUGUUUGGUGUAAAACGCAAAUCUGCUUGAACUCAAAGCUUGGAAUUGAAAAAAUUAAAAAAAAGGUUAUUUUUAAGAAAUACAUACAGAUUCACUUUUAUUUGGGUAUAAUCUGCUACAAAUUAAUUAGUACACAACGGUAACAUUUUUCUGUUUUAAACAAAAUUAAUACAUACACAAUUCACCGUUCAUCCAUUCACAUUACAUAUGUAUAAGCAUAUACAAAUUUGAGUUCGAGAGGAUUUAAUAAGGCAAACAAUAUUUUGGCUAAGCAAUUUGUUUUCAGAGAAUCAAGUUAGAUGCUGACUAAAUCAUUUAAUUUUUAAUAAAUAAAUUAAAUAUUAUAAUUACAUUGUUUAUUAAAAAAAAUAAAUGAGGAUAAAAAUUAACAAAAUUAUAUUAAAAGCAAAAUAAUCAAAAAUCUAGAGCUAACAUGGACGCUGCCUUAAAAGAUAACAAUGGCAACAUGAUAUUACCGAAAACAUUAAAAAUUUCAGAUAAUCAAGAUAAUCCGAAAGCAACGAAUCCAAAAAGGCAAUCCUAUGAAAAAAUGAUAAUUGAAGCUAUUUCAACUUUAAAGGAAAGAAAUGGCACCUCAAUUCCAGCAAUAAAAAAAUAUAUUUCUUCAGUUUUCUUGAUUCCAGAAGAAAUCUCAAGAAGAUAUGUUGCAAAAUUUUUGAAGAAAAGUACAGAAAAAGGAAUUCUAUUAAAGGUCGACAAGAAGUAUCGAUAUAAAUUAAGCGCAAACACAAUUAAAGAAGCACAAAAAAAAAUAACCAAACCAAAAAAAAUUAAAAAAAUAUCUAAAAAUGAAAAUGAGAAAGAAAAUAUUGAACCAGUUGCAGGGAAAUCAUCAACUUUAAGUAAUACGGAAAAAACUAAAAUACAAAAACCAAAAUCAGUUAAAAAAAAGAAUAGUAAAAUCGAGGGAGAACCUAAAAAGCCAAAACCUAAGAAAACAAAAGAAGGACAAAGUUCUAGCCCAAAAGAAACAAAAAUCAAAAAAACAAAAGUUUCUACAGAAGCUAAAAUCAAAAAAAUGGAAAUUCCUAAAGAAGUUAAAACUAAAAAAACAAAAUCUACUGAAGAAAAUAAAGAUGAUCCUUUAAAAAAGAAAGCUAAAAUUGAAAUGAAUAAAGUCAAUAAUGAUUUACAAAUUAAGGUGACUCAAAAGAAAACUAAAAUUGAUUCUAAUGUUAAAGUAAAAUUAUCUAAAACUAAUAAUGCUACAAUUGCAGCUGGAAAUAAAUUAAAGAAACAAGCUAGAAAAUCUCUUAUUAAACUUAAUAUGAAAAAACAGAAACAGAAAAAGGGCAAUACUCAACAUCAAGAACAACAAAAGGAAAACCAAGAUCACAAUUAAUAAGCUUCUUUAUUAUAAUUAAUGAAUCGAAUAAUCAUUUUCAUUUUUUAUUUAAUUUUUUAAUUAAUUUCUCAAAAUUUUUUUAAAUUAUAAUAUUAUGUAGGCUUGGAAAAUGAAUAAUUUAAAUUUAAAAAUAUCAAAGUUUUGUUUAUUAUAUACAUGUAUAAAAUAAUUUUAUUUUUAAUUUAAGUGAAUAAAAUUAAGAAAAAAUUACU